CAAUAAUGGCAGCCAGAUGACAGGUGUCCGGAAAAAUAUUUUCUGUGUAAUUGUGAUAUUCUGCCGCAGUUACCAGUGAUCCUGUUACCAUGACACUGGUAGCUGCCGCAAGUAGGUUUGCGAGAGUCUAUAUUUUUAGUCCGGAAGCGUUCAUAUUGUGCAUAUUGAUACUACUUCUGUACAACUCUUUCCUUCACAUCCAACCUCUCUGGCGGUUGUUCCAAAGAGCCCGUGUGAAGCUUCAAUUGAAACUAAGUGGGAACUACGACAAUGUUCCUGAGCAUAGUGAACAAGAGGUGUCACAAGAAAAGACUAAAGCUUCUUGGGAGUCUAAAAAAGAAAAUGUUGCAGUUUUCGCUAUUCAGGGCCGCCGUCCACACAUGGAAGACCGUUUUAAUAUUGUGAUUGACUUGGAACACACAAGAACGUCAAUAUAUGGCAUUUUUGAUGGCCAUGGUGGAGAGUUUGCAGCAGAUUUUGUGGAGAAGACUUUGUUUAAGAGCAUAAUGAUAAGGCUACUGAAGAUUUCACUGGGUGAGGAACCAGAGAACUUCACUCAGAUGCUGAUUGAGGAGUUUCUUACCGUGGAUAAACAGUUGCUCAGUCUAGCCAAGUCAAACAUGGAAAUCUCAGGCACCACAGCGCUGGUGGCGUUGUUGAAGGACAGGCAGUUGACUGUUGCCAAUGUUGGUGACUCCCGCGGGGUGCUCUGUGACCAGGACGGCAAGGCGGUUCCUCUCUCCUUCGACCACAAGCCACAGCUGCUAAAGGAAAGGAAGAGGAUUCGCCAGGCAGGGGGCUUUAUCAGUUUUAAUGGAGUGUGGAGGGUGGCUGGGGUGCUAGCCACAUCAAGGGCUCUCGGGGACUACCCUCUGAAGGAGAAAAACUUUGUGAUAGCUGAACCAGAUGUCUUGAAAUUUGACAUGGAUGAAAUUCAACCCAAGUUCCUUAUUUUGGCCACAGAUGGAUUGUGGGAUUGUUUCAGCAACGAGGAAGCUGUGGACUAUGUGAAAGAGAGGCUUUCAGAGCCUCAUUAUGGCGCCAAGAGUCUGGUGUUGCAAGCUUAUUACCGAGGCUCAGUAGACAAUAUCACUGUGAUGGUGGUGAACUUCACAACAGGGAAAGUGGCAUAUUACAAGUCUAAUCGGUAGUUGGUGGUAGUCCAGAGCUGUUGUAUUCAAUGAAGGAUUCUCUUAAGUGGUUGUGCUAUCACAUUUUCCCUAAGUUUAUGUGAAUGGUUGAUACAUUCUUUUAUGGCCUUAUCUAAAAAAUGCAGCUCAAAUUUCUAAAGGGUCCAUUACCCAAGAUCUCACACAGUUCUACCUGUUGCCAGACACAGGACAUGUGAUCACUACAUAAUGGCCUUUAUACUGUUGUUCACAUUGUCUGUACAAAGUUGACUCCCAUUCUGUGAGUGACCAUUGGGGGAAUGUUGACUUGAAUAAUUAUUGUGUAGUUACAUAGUUUGACAUUUUGUCCUUCAGCAGUUAGGGGCGGUGGGGUAGCCUAAUGGUUAAAGCGUUGGCUCGUCACGCCAAAGACCCGGGUUCGAAUCCCCACAUGGGUACAAUGUGUGAAGCCCAUUUGUGGUGUCCCCUGCCGUGAUGUUGCUGGAAUAUUGCUAAAAGCGGCGUAAAACCAAACUCAGUCAGUCUUCACUUGACAAAUCCAUGUUGCCAGAUGAGUAAUGCAUGAAAAUCAUGCUACUUAAAAAUUACUCAAAAACUAAUUGUUACAGUCUUCAUUUUUACUAUGUCAUAUGUCACAUGUUGGUACGAAGUCGCACUGUGAGGACACACCUUAAGGGAGUCCUUUGUCACAUGAUGGCUGAAGUAAAAAUCCAGCAUGGAAUGGACACUGUUCAUGUUAACAAGAUUCGUGUUUUUAUGCACGUUGAAGACAGGAAUUAACCAAAUUAUCCUAGGAUCCUUGUUAUGAUAGCACAAAAUUACAAUUGUUGUGUUAAUAUUUUGCAGUUGUUUAUCUAUUUGGAGAAUGGAUACUUCUGAUAAGAUGGAAGUAUUCCACAAACUGAAUACUGCGUCACACAACUUAAAGUAUAAUUAUGGAAGGUUGUAUUCGGUUAAUUCUUGUUUGUUUUCAUUUCAUUAUUAUCAGAUGUCAGAUCUCAAUACCACUACAGGAUCUGAGGACAACCCUGUACGUCAAGUCACACAUAAAUGGCCAGUCAGAGUAUUGCUCAUGGGAUGGCAAAAGUGAAUAUUCAAAUGUAUUUUUCAUCCUUGAAAAGGUUAAUACAUUCUGAAGGACAGUUAAGGCCUCUUCAGCUGCUUUAAAACAGAAGGAACUGUCCAUAAUCUGUACUAAUGUACAAUCUUGGCCAUCUGUUGGACAUUUCUGAAUUUUCUUUUCUUCACUUUCCAACUUUUGAAUCAAGACCUUUUAAACUGUUUUAAUGUUCUUAAAAACUUGUGCUGUAAAGCUUGAGAAAGCUGCUUUCUGAUUGGAUAAUGUUGACUUCCUGUUUGUCACUUCAAUGAGAUGGGAUGUCCACAGAUUGUUUUGUAGCAGUAGCGAACAUUUAGAUCUGGUGUUACUGAGAUUGGAUGUAUUUAUGAACAAAACCAAUUAACCUACGUUUAUGUUGCCACCACACCAUUACUUAACAUGAACACCUAGUCUAAGAUGAAUAUAUUGUCAUUUGGUUUCUACUCUUAUUGGCUUUGAAAUUUUGAACAAUAUAAGUGUCCCUUUUUUCAGAUUUAAUAUUGUAUCAUUUUUCAUAAAGAUCCAUUCCAUUUGCUUACAGAUCAUCAGUUGUGAAUGAUAUUGUUAAAGAUUUGGCCACAGCUGAGACUGACCUGAACAAAGUGGCAGUAAUGGUGGAGGGACUGGUACCAUGGUUGUUACAAUGAACCCUUUGUAGUGGUGCUGUAUUAAUGGUCCACAUAUGGUCUGUUUUUUGUGAAAUUUAGUUUGACUUGUACUUAAUUUGUUUAAUUUUAACUUACUGGCCAUGGCGGGUUCAGUGAAGUCAUCUCUAUUGACAAUUGUUGAACUUUUUAAAAUUUGGAUUUUGUAAAAUCUUUUAUAUUUCUUGAAAUUUGCAGGAUUAAACAAAUGUCCUUCAUGAAAUAAUUCUAUAUGCAAGAACAGUUUUCAUGAAAGCACUAUCUUGUGUAUAGAUGUCAUGUUAUUGUGUCAGAUGAGAAAUGAAUUUAUAACUAAUGAAAUAGGUAUUUAUUAGGGAAAAAUACGUUUGGUAAUAUUGGGUUGAGUUGGCUUACAAAAAUAGAAGUAGUUUUGAAAAUAUCAAAGGUAGGAAACAAUCUGUGAUUUGAAGACCGAUCCAAGAGAAUCCUUGACUGGAGUCAGCAUGUUGUAUAUUCCAUAGUGUGGUGUAUGGUGUGGUGUGUGUGAUGCACUGGUGUGUGUGUGUGUGUUGCACUGGUUGGUGUGUUGAUCUUGUAGUCACCACUCUGUAUCUCAGGAACUGCAGGCAACGUGUGGAUAGGAGGUAGCUCGUCUGUUGUGAGAGGCAGUAACCAUGGUAGCUACAAAGUGGAGGAUGACUUAAACCAGUAGUCCAGUGUCUGACCAGUUGUGUGUGAGCUGGGUAAUAUUCAGAUGUAUCAAAGUUAAGGGCACAAAGAAUGGGAUUUAGGCCUUGUAUCUCUGAUGGGUUUGAACCAGGACCUACAUGACAAGCCAGCUUAACCUGUUCACUUAUCCAACCCCUUAAGGGUAAGAAAACUGAAGUGUUUAAAUUCCUCUGCAAAUUAUCCCGAAGGCGAUGUUCUUAAAGAGAUCUACAAAGAAUGACUAUUUAUCUGUUGUUGUUGCGUUACAGGGACAUGGCAGGUUGGCCAGGAUGUAAUGCCUAUUAGACUAUUAAUAUUUUUUGCAUAGUUUAUGGAUCGAAAGUUCAGAAGAAAAAAUCAGAAUGACAGGGUCUCCAGCUUUGGAAUGUUCACAUGGAGCAUACCAGGCCAAGAUAGUUUGAAAUCACCUUCUGAUCCAAAUUGUACUUUACAGACACUUGGUGCAUACUUUGAGGUGUUAAUCUGGGGCUCAAUAUUUAGUGUCAAAAGAAAUUGAAAUAAAUGAUUAUAUUGAAUCAAGCUGAGAUUCUUGAGAGGCAUUUAGAAGUUGGUGAAUAUAUAAGAUGAGUAUGACAACAAUAAACAAGAAGUUGUCAUCCAUAUACUUGUCUUAUAUUUAAUGAAGCUGUCAUAAUUCAGGAAGAUAUUUGCCCUCAGUGUCACCAGCUGGUCGCAGAACGUUGUCAGAAGCUGUAACACUUACUGUAUAUUGAUAAUGCUACUACGAUAGACAAGAUAUCUCAUGUCCACCCACUCUUUUGUAAUAUACUGUACAUUUGGAGCUCUGUGUGUAGACUGAAAAUGUUGUAUUAUGCAAAAGAAACAAUGUAAAUAAUUGUGCCGUAUACAUAUGCUUUAAUAUUAUUAUAUUAAUAUUAUGAAGACAUUUCAAAGAUGUGGUACAAAUCACUGUGCAAUUACGUCACAAAUAAUUGCCGCUGUGGUUUACGAUUCCGGAUUAUGUAUUUGCAUUUGUCAAAUACCCUUACAUCCAGAGUCUUGUAAAAUUCAAAGGGGACUACUUGAUUUCACCCCAAAUCUUGUCAUUUUGUGUUUACAACUAGUCGGAAUUGAGCUGUGGACCCCUGUGAGGUUUGCAGAAUGGUUAGAUUAAUGAAACCAUCUACAGUUUAAGAAACAUCUGAAAAACUAUCCAUUUUUAUGUGAUAUCAUGUAAUAUUGUAUUAUUUUGUUGGAAUGAAAGUAUUAUUGUGCUGUGUUUUGAGCAACCAUUUAUACUUGACCAAACUAGUCUUUGGGACCUUCCCAUGGCCUGACAUAAUAUUGGUUGAGGAAGCCACUAUUUCAUGUCUUUAGAGAGAACUUGGUCCCUAGAACGAUCAUGGUCUUCAGUGAGAUCUUGGUCCCUGGAACGAUCAUGGUCCAGAGAGAUCUUGGUCCCUGAAAUGAUCAUGGUCCAGAGAGAUCUUGGUCCCUGGAAGGAUCAUGGCCCUGAGAGAUCUUGUUCCCUGGAAGGAUCAUGGUCCAGAGAGAUCUUUGUCCCUGGAACGAUCAUGGUCCAGAGAUAUCUUGGUCCCUCGAAUGAUCAUGGUCAAGAGAGAUCUUGGUCCUUGGAACUAUCAUGGUCCAGAGAUAUCUUGGUCCCUCAAAUGAUCAUCGUCCAGAGAUAUCUUAGUUCCUCUAAUAAUCAUGGUCUUCAGAGAGAUCUUUGUCUCUGGAACAAUCAUGAUGUUGAGAGAUUUUUGUCCCUUGAAUGAUCAUGGUUUUUUAGAAAUCUUUGUCCCUGGAAUGAUCAAGAUCUUCACACACAUCUAGGAGCUUAUGCUAAUAGGAUUAUGGUUCUGUCCAGCUUGUGUUGUGCACUAAUGUAUUUGCUUCCUAGAUGAGCAGUGCACACUAGCUGUAGUGGUUAUGCCUCCUUCAAAAUGAUCAUAGCCGCACUGUUCUCAUCCCGUCAAGUGCCUCCCUCCAUCUUAUGAGGGGUGUACAAGUCCAGUUACUUAAAUGAAGUGUGGCCAUAAGAGGAGUGUUGUGAGGCCACCUCCAUGAUGAAUGCUGACAUAUAUUCUCUUACCUUCUAUAUUUGUUGUUCAUAGAUUGUUGUUAUGUAAUAUUGCUUUUGUUUGAAAUUAUUUUGCCUUCAUUGUUGUUAUCAGUUUGUACAUAACGAUAUAUUUAGUUGCUUUAGCAUCAUUUUAUGUGACUGGUUAUUGCUAUAAGAAUCAUGCCCUAGUGAUUCAAGACCUAUGGCCAUACUCCAGUGGAGGAGCUGUAGACAUGCUCACUGGAUGUUACAAAUUAAUGUGGGGAUAGUGUAGUCUUCUACUGAUGUCAGUACAUUUCAUAGCUCAGGUGGCCAACUUGUCUAGUGCACCACGCUUGCUGUGCCGAGCUGUGUCCCUUGGGCAUGCAAGAAACUUGUGAUUGUGAGUUCAGAUCCUGGUUUGCUCAGAUUAUUUUUCUGUCUUUGUCAGUACCUCGCCCAUGCUUGUAUUUUCCCCCAAAGUGGUAUACAUGUAUGUUUGUGAACUGCAUCUCUUCCGACUUUCGUCCCCCAUUACCUUCAGCUGAUAGGCCAUGAUUAUAAGGAAUAGUGUUCAAAGUGGUGUUAAACCCACAUCACACACACAGUGGUAACAUAGGGUUGAAAUAGGUCUUCGCAAUACAUAUGUAUCAUAGUACCAUACAAUUACUUGGAAAUACUAGAAAUACCAGAAAAAUAUCUUAAGUACUCAGCUGAUGGCAUGUCUUUAUGAUGUGUCGUUUUAUAAGUUAUUAUGAUGUUCCACUGUUCGUGUGAUUAUUCAAGAAAACCCCGAAUGUUUUUAAGCAUCUGAAAACCCAUGGAUAUAAUGAUGAACUCUGUCCAUUGCAAGAUGCACUGAAUUUUGCUAGUUUACAGCAUGAUUAACCUGAGCACAACAGAGGAUUUGUUGAUAUGCUAUUUCCGAUGACUUGAAGAUGUGCGAUCGCUGGGCAAUGGUAACGCAAAAAGCGUUAUUGCGAGGAAUGACUGUAUAUCAUUGUACCCUUGAAAUACUUGGGAGCCUGAGAGAGAUGGGAGAUUCAGAGGACCUUCGAGACUGCUUCAUCUGGGGUUUGUGGAUAACAGUAGUUGAUAUAUAAUCACGUUCAGGGACAGACAAAAACUUGGAAUGCAACUUAUGUUAUGUAUGUGUAGUGUGUGUUAGAGCAUGUUGGUUUUGUUUUGUAGCAAAGUGGUUAAGCAUAACAAGAAUUUUGGUAUUGCAUACUAAACUGUCCUGACUGGUUGUACUGUAUUGUGUUGUAUGGAAGAAGAGUCAAAUAUUUAUCGUAAAAAUCAUUGUAACGUAUCAAGACUGCAAUGUAUUAAUUAAAACUUUACAGCUAUAGUUUUGGGGCUAUAGUGGGUGUAUUUUGCUGGUCAGAAUAUUCUGAGCAUCGGGGAAGAGCUGCUGGUAUUUAUAGCUUCACCGAUAAAUAAUCUUGUAGCAUUUGUGUGAUCUAACGACACCAAAAUUUGAUACUUGCAAAACUUGAAAUGAAAUAUUGAAACGAAAGCAGAUUGACCUGUCCCGUGUUUACCUGUGGAUGGAUGAUCGACAUUCACACUAUUGUGAUUUUCCAUUGCUCAUUUGACUUGAUAUAUUUUUUCCUCAUUUGAGUUUUUACUCGUAAAGCCGUAAAAAAUAACGCUGAUUUCAUAUCCCAAAUUUUAUUAACCGGUAGUGCCCCUUCAUGCAGACCCUCAUGGGAGGAUAAUUUGAAGCCAUUUCAAGAUUCCCAGACAGAACUCAGCUGGUUAUCACUCUGCAGAACCCCAAGUGAUAUGUAUCUCCAUACACAUGAUUAAUGGUCACAAGAAAGGUAUUAUUCCAGUGCUUGACAAACACCUUCAGUAUGCAUGGAUGUACAACACAAAUUCCUGUUGUGAGAAAACUAGCUGUCUAUAUUAGUGAUGUGUGUAUAAAUGUCAGCAUCAUGUCGGUUAUAAAUUGAAAAGUUGAUGCAUGAAAUUCUUCUGGUAAAUGUUUAUCAUGUGUUUGAAAUGAGUUCAUAGAUCGUUACUGUAUCCCCUGGUAUUUGAGUAUUGAGAAACCUGUUCAUGUAUCUGUUCAACAAAGAAACCUCAUGGUCAGGUCAAAUGUGAAAAGGAAAGGUAAUUUAGGAUAAUGUAUGUUCUGUAAUUAUAAUUUAAAUGAACUACAUUUCAAGCACACGAGACUCCUCUACAAGGGAGAUAACUCUGGUCAUUAGCGUGAGAUUUAGUUCAAAGGGUUGGUGCAAUAGAACUGAAAUCAUGCCAUUGGAAAUAAAUUUGUUUCUUACA